GGCAGAGUCUGAUGUGAAGCAGGCAAGAGACAAGCCAGUGAUGGGCACUAUGGAGUUACCAUGGAAACAGCAAAUCAGACGGGAGCUAAAAAGGAGAGACAAAGUUCAAAUGGGAAACUACCGGAGCCUGGUGGAAUCACGUAAUAGUUUUAUUUUAUAUUGUGUGUGUGUGUUCACCACAAUCAAAAGUAUUCAUUAGUUAUAUACAAUUAUAUACCUUUAAUGUCAAGUGACUAAAUUAAUUUAAAUAGGUUUCUGUAGUGUGAAUGUGUUUCUUACCUAAAUGGCUACACAGGGACUCUACAGGGACAUGACAAAAUUCAAUAUAUUGAAUAGAUUCUGAUAUGGGAAUAUUCUGUAUAUUGAAUACACGGGGACUCUGAGAUGGGAAUAUUCUGUAUAUUGAAUACACGGGGACUCUGAGAUGGGAAUAUUCUGUAUAUUGAAUACACGGGGACUCUGAGAUGGGAAUAUUCUGUAUAUUGAAUACACGGGGACUCUGAGAUGGGAAUAUUCUGUAUAUUGAAUACACGGGGACUCUGAGAUGGGAAUAUUCUGUAUAUUGAAUUAACAGACUCUGAGACGGGAAUAUUCUGUAUAUUGAAUACACAGAGACUCUGAGAUGGGAAUAUUCCGUAUAUUGAAUACACAGAGACUGUGAGAUGGUAAUAUUCUGUAUAUUGAAUACACGGGGACUCUGAGAUGGGAAUAUUCUGUAUAUUGAAUACACAGGGACUCUGAGAUGGGAAUAUUCUGUAUAUUGAAUACACACAGACUCUGAGAUUGGAAUAUUCUGUAUAUUGAAUACACAGAGACUCUGAGAUGGGAAUAUUCUGUAUAUUGAAUACAUGGGGACUCUGAGAUGGGAAUAUUCUGUAUAUUGAAUACACGGGGACUCUGAGAUGGGAAUAUUCCGUAUAUUGAAUACACAGGGACUCUGAGAUGGGAAUAUUCCGUAUAUUGAAUACACGGGGACUCUGAGAUGGGAAUAUUCCGUAUAUUGAAUACACGGGGACUCUGAGAUUGGAAUAUACCAUAUAUUGAAUACACAGACUCUGAGAUGGUAAUAGUCUAUUUUAAAAAAAUCAAAAAAAAAAUCCUAUCUAUUGGAAUGGUAAGGACUAAUAAGUAUAGAAAAAAAAAGGUGUAUUUCAUGAUUCUAUCUGCAAUUUACAUCUCCGCUUUAUUGAAGGCUCAAGAUGCUGCUGAAAGGGACAAAAAACCCACACUUUAUUGUGUAUAGAUCCCUUACACAUGUUUAGUCUUCUCUAAGAGGAUUUCUGACAUCUGCCAUUUGUUUUGCAUGGGGCUGUCACAUCCUGGAUGCUCUAAAAGACAGGUCUGCGUAUUGUCUUUUAGGGCUGUCAUUUAGUAGCAGCAUUAUUAGAUGGAGUUCGGUGGUGGAACUAGCGUUGGUGUGGCUGCACUGGGGUCCGCACACGCUCAGGGGGCCCAUCAGAUGGCCCAUGCACAGGGCAACCUGAUAGCAAAGUGUUUUCAGGCGCCUGCUCAGUGCUGUGGCCCUUUAACAGUGCCAUCGGGCCCCUGCAAUAAUAUAAUGGCAGCGCUGGAAGGAAGUGACAGCCGGUCACUUCCUGCCAGAUAACACAAAUCCGUACGGGAGGAAAAGGCAGAGGGGGGUGGAGUGGGAGAGCCUCUGAUUCCCAACAGCUUCAGCCAGCCAACAGGACCCAGGGAAAUACUCCACUGAACCCAGAAGGUAGGAAACAGAAGGGUGACUCAAUAUGUAUUUUGCAUCCGUGGCUCUGUAUCUAUCUGUGUGUCAGUAUAUUUAUCUGUGUAUCUGUGUGUGUAUGUGUGUCACUGUUUGUGUCUGCAACACUACACACAAAUCCACCCCUGCAUUUAAACAUCAACACAUACAGAUACCCCUCUACAUUCAAAGGAAAACACUAUACUCAAGUAAACCACUGCUUUCAAAUGACAACAGUACAUAAAAACACACUCCAUAACACAUAUGCAACCCUACAUUUACACACACAUACUACAUACAAAACAUGCUCACAUACAAACACUGCUCAGCGCCAAGUGUAACUCUGCAAGUAUGGGAAAAUGGUAGAUAAAUCAUUGUGGGAGUUGUACGACAGACCGGGAUCUACCUUUUUUCCAUCCUGGCGAUAGGUGACCCCCAAAGAAUUCUUGCACCAGGACCCUCUGUACUUUAGUUCCACCACUGGUGUAGCUGGGCCUCUUUAAAGCUGCUGUUUCUCAAAUACAAGUAUCUUUAGCUUUAUGGCUGAACAGGGCAUAAUAUAUUGUCUAUGGCGUUAAGUAGGCAGGGCCCAACAACUUGGUGUGUGGGGGCACCAUGUUAAACUUCACUAGUUGCCACUAGAACAAAAGCUCGCAGUAAAUCGGGUAAUACUGAAAAGGACUAGAGUGACCCUUUCAACACCUGACUGUGACAUGUUAUCAGCAGUAAAUGUCUACAUGAUUGAUACUUAUCAAUGACUCUACGUUGAUAUAACAAUUUGGUGUGCUGAAUAGAAUUUGUCAUAUGUAUAGUCUUGUGUAUGUGUGUUGUAAUUUUUUUUUUUUUUUUUAACCAUGAACUUCUUCAAGUAACAUCUGGCACUAGACAUGUGCAAUUCUUUCGUUCCGAAUGUAAAUUUGGACGAAUUUCAUACAAUUCGGACAUUUGGAUGAUUACGAAUGUCUGAAGUUCGGGAGAACUGAACCGAAUGACAUUGGCCCGAAUUGUCAAAGUUCCAAAGUGCUUUGGAUUUCUGAAAAGUGGCAAAAAAAAGAGAGAGGGAGGGAAAAUUAUGUGAAUGAUGACAGUAAUCUUGACCAAUUAGCUAAUUCCGGGCACUGGGAGCCCUGUAGAUGUGGUUGUGGUGGCAGUCCGGGCACUGGGAGCCCUAUAGAUGUGGUUGUGGUGGCACUCCUGGCACUGGGAGCCUUAUAUAUGUGUAAGUUCCGAAUUGCCAAAGUUUGGUAGUAACAAUUGGUCCGAAUUGCCAUAGCAGACUAAUUUUUUUACUUACCCGAAUUUCCGAACCAAAUUUUGUUGCCCAUGCACAUGCCUAUCUGGCACACAUCUUAGAUUUUGUACUGCUGGAUUCUAUUUUCUUUCCUGUGUUUGCCACACGAGGUACAGACCAAUUUGUUUCUUCUCCCUACAGAUACUCGUUUGCUUGAGAAGCAAGACGAGGUAAGCAAAACAAGGAACAUUUUGUGGGGUUAUUUAUUAUUAUUAUGUUAUUUAUAUAGUGCCAUCGAAGGGCCCAGGAAAAAAAACAAAAAACAUGCAAGGGCUGGAGGAAGUUGAACAUGUAAUGUAUAAAGAAAAUUAUGUGUAGACAUGCUUAGUAGCUGGUAUAUUAGGUGCACCCCCCUUCUAUGAAAUAUAGUACUCUAGUUAGAAAUAGCAUCACAUGAUAAAUAAAUAAAGCAGAUACACUGAAGAAAAAUGAAGGGUGGUGGAAGUGACUCCAAACUGUAAUCGUUGUUUGGUACAGCUGUAAGAGUGUACAACAAAGUCCAGACUAGUGAUUGUCUUCAGUACACCAGUCAUUGUGGACCAUUUGUGGACCUAGGAUCAUAAACAUAACUCAAAAGCUGAAAGCUACAUGUUCACUAUAAAAGCUCUAAAGUGUAUGAAAAGAAAAAAAAUGCCAAAAAGGAGAACUCAUCCACCCAGUGUCAUUGUUUUGCUAAACUGUAUCUGGUAUGGCUUUGUUUUUAGCAUGAUUUAAGCCAUCUGGGUACCAUAACUAGUGCCUGGAGUCCCCUGGCAUCUUGUUAUCUUUAAAGGAACACUAUAGGGUCAGGAACACAAACAUGUAUUCCUGACCCUAUAGUGUUAAAAUCACUAUCUGGGGGGGGCGGGGCCGGGCGGCCAUGCUAGCAGGCUGCAAGUCACUAUGGCUCCUGAGGAAUCCAGCUAAUAAUGGUGACAAAACCCACCUUACUCAACUUGGAAUGCCCUGGAAAUUUGUGGUAUAUGCUCCUGGAGUGUCCCAGUGCAGCUAGAGCACCUGACACCGGGUGGUUCUGGGUCCUGGUGAGAUGCCCCGGGGCUGGUGGACUGAGGCCUACACGGGAGGGGAGUGGAGCAGACGGCCGCUGCCUCGCUCUCCGCCCCGGGUAAUGAGAAUCGCAACGCAAAUGGAGCCCUCCCGGCUCCGUUCACCCCCCCCUUUGGACCGGCGGGGGUUAUCCCGGUCCCCACCAGGCAAGCAAACAUCUUGGCGGCAAGCCUGGGUGACCCAGCGCCGACAGUCUAAGGCUACCAUGCGGCCCUCACAAAAUGGCCGACAGCGGCGCGAUUAACUCGCUUCCUACCACCAAACCCACAGACCAACAUUGGAGGAGAGCCCGGAGAGGUCCUUACCAAACACCAACCCCAGCAUAUCGCUACCUGUAUCUGGACACUAUGGGCUGCAAAGCACCGCACCCGUACUCACCUACUGACCGGGUACUGUGGACACGGCGAUCUGAGGACACUUUGAUCGAAAUGAGGCUGCGGAAUACAGUGGAACGCCUGGGUACUCCGCGAGGGUCACCCCCAAGCCUGGGAACAGGAUGCCUCUCAACCAACGACGAUCCCAGCUCCUCGGGACGAAAGGCAGCCAAGGAGUGCACUGCGGAACUCACGACAGCCUUAAAAGAUAACUCCCUGGCGAUACUUGCCGAUACAUGGACAUCUCUGUAAUUAUAAUCACAGCUCAUGUCACAGUAACUGUCGGUUUGGGCAUCCAGGGUAAUGCAGAUGAUAACUCACUAUGCCAAAAUCAACCUGGUUGCAUUUCAUUUAAACACCUAUCUUAACUAAGCUAGCACUUCUUAAAAGCGUCUGUUUAUACUCUUGUUAUGAAUAUAAUAUAAACCACACAUGCAGACUCAGGUUUCAAGCAAACUCCUAUUAUAUUGCUUAGAAGAGGUAGUGAAACACUGAAGGAAUAAGCAUAUGUAGACCUAGACAAUUCCACGUUUGACUAGCCUGUAUAUCACUCUAAGCUAGAUAAUCAAAGUUAAACUUGAAAGUUUAUGUUCGAUACAGAUGUUGAUACUUGCUAUAGCACCAGCCACAUAAGCUAAGUGACGAAUCCAACAAUUUGCUCAUCACAUAAUUAUAAAAUUGUGCAUGUUUUAUAGCUGACCCAACUGUUAUAUAUAUAUGUUCCAAAUACGCUUGAGGAAUGUCGUUGGGAUACCUCAUGCGGGGAUGUUAAACUGAUAUGCACUGCAAAAAAAAAAAAAAAAAAACCCCUGCCAUUAGGAAACAGGACAUACAUCAUAAAUUAAUCUCAUACUAAGAUAUUUUGAAGCUAUGCAUAAAUUUGCAAUGUAAAUUGUUAGGAAAGAUGAAGUCCAGCUUGCCAACAUACAUUUACUUUUAUAGCUUUUAUAUUUAUUUUAAGCUCCCAGUAGUUUUUCUGUGUAUGUGUGUGUAUAUACAUUUAUACAUAUUCAUUCGAAAGUUGCUCCAUUUUCUAUUAGUAUGAUUUCCCAGAAUUCACAACUUUCACUCAAAGUUAUUAUUAUUUUACAGCUACUGUUCUGUACGUAUGGUGGUUGUUCCAGUGAGAUCAAUGAACAUAAAUUAGUGCAAUCAUAAAAAAAAAAAAAAAAAAAAGAAGCUGCAUAGGAAUAAAUAAACUUAGAAAAAUAUUAAAAAAAAAAAAAAAAAUCACUAUCUGCUCCCCUAAAUAUAGUAAAAUCUUUCCAGAAGUGAUAAUCUCAGCCAAUCACAAUGCUUUCCCAUCAUCAGAAGGAGGUGGAUCAGGAGGCGGAGCCAAACAGUCCUGGCCAAUCAGAAAAGUUCAUCAUCUUUAUGCAGAGAAAAGGCAGUGCUUUCACCAAAAGGCCUGCAGGGACAUGGUAUAGACACAAGAACAACUCCAAUAAGCUGUAGUUGUUCUGGUGAUUAUUGGGUCCCUUUAAGUGUUAAACGGUUUUUAAAUGGUUUAACACAGACAAAGUUUCUUCUAGUGCCAGUCUGCUGAAGCAUUAGUUUGAAGGAGUGGUAGUGAUCGGCAGAGAGGAUCAGUGAACGUUCUCAAUUUAUCACUGCCAUCUUUUCGCUGCUCAAACUGAUGAUUAGCCGAGCACAGGAAGAGAGGCAACAGACCAGCACCUGGGAAUACUACUUCACUACGACACAGUUUAACAAUGUAAGGGUGGACAGCACCGGGGAACUCCAGACACCAUAACAACUUAGUUGAGUAGACAAGCGGUCCCCUUUUCUGUAAAUUCUUUUGACAAGUCUACAAUACAUGAAAUUAACAUUUUUGAAAAGCUGGAGAAAUACAUGUUUAGUUAGCUUCACAAGUGAAUUAUUUUCUGAGCGUCAGUGAGCAACACAAAUCUAUUAUUUAUAAUACCCCUUCAUCAGUAAAAUCUCCCACUAGAUUUUAUCACCAACUGCAACUUGGUCUCCCUUGAAUGUAUUUAUUGUUAAAAGGGAACAGCCGCUAGAGGCGCUUCCGCGCUUCUCACUGUGAUUUUCACAGUGAGAAGACGCCAGCGUCCAUAGGAAAGCAUUGAGUAAUGCUUUCCUACCGACUGACUGAAUGCGCACGUGGCUUUUGACGUCGGAAGAGGGGGGAGAAUCCCCAGCACCGAGGGAGCCCGGCGCUUGAGAAAGGUUAAGUGUUUGUUUAACCUCUUGAGAAAGGUAAGUGUUUGUUUAACAAAAGAAAAUAUAUAGGUUGCGCUAUAUGGUAGUGGUUAUAGAAGUAAAUAUAGAAUGGGAUAAGACAAAAGUAUAAAUAACUAGGAAAGAUGAUCCCAAUACUAAAAAGUCUUUAAUAAAACCUGUGAUGAUACUGGAGUCUGGAAAAAGUCCAAACUCCAAUAGUGCAGAUUGUAGUUCAGCAAAUAGGUAGAUAAGCAAUUCUCAUAGCAGAAUUGCUUAUCUACCUAUUUGCUGAAUUACAAUCUGCACUAUUGGAGUCUCUUCGUUUUUCUUACAUGCCCAUAUAUCCACCAUUGAACUGAGACACCGUCAACAUAAGAAGAUCCAGCUACUUUUUGGACUUUUUCCAGACUCCAGUAUCAUCACAGGUUUUAUUAAAGACUUUUUAGUAUUGGGAUCAUCUUUCCUAGUUAUUUAUACUUUUGUCUUAUCCCAUUCUAUAUUUACUUCUAUAACCACUACCAUAUAGCACAACCUAUAUAUUUUCUUUUGUUUGUCCUUUUAUUUGAGGAAUAGAGAGGGAACCUCAUUUUUAUAGGUUGCUGCUCCCCCAUUUGUCCUUUAGCUUCUAUUGACUCUUUAGCGCUGUCCCAUUACUUUGUUUUUUAAGUGUUUGUUUAACCCAUAUAUCCCGGCGAGAGGGGGACCCUGAGGGUGGGGGAGGACCUAAAGACCAUAUAGUGCAAGGAAAACGAGUUUGUUUUCCUGGCACUAUAGUGGUCCUAUAACGGAUAGCAGUCAUAUAAUCUGCUGCACCCUUAAGUGAACAAUUCCAUUUGUCCUGGUGUAUUUCUUCAUACUUUAUUUCACUAAUGUCUAUAUAAUGCAAAAAAAAAAAAAAAAUGGGGGGGGAAGGGGCAAUUUUAUCCUGUAGUUAUCUGGAAUAAAAGGGAAUUAUGACAUGUCACACGUGUCAUGUGUCCUUAAGGGGUUAAACAAUCAACAUGCAUAUUUAAUACAACCAGGAGUCUAAUAUGCUCUUUUCACUGGAAGCAGACAUGCGGUUGCCUUGAGCACAAGAUGGCUGCUUACCUCGCUGAAGAAUCGGACAUCUCUGAUGAUCCAGCCCUGGGAACAGAGGAAAUAUACUUACCUGCCCCACUGGUGCCUAUGUCGACACUGCCACAGUCAGACUCGUCCCCGGUUACAAAGGCCAUCAUGCAGGAACUGGUGGCGGAUUUCAGAGGCCAUAUCCAGGCUGAUGUGGCUGACAUCCGGAAAGACAUCCGGGCCCUGACCGGCUGCACGGGAACCCUAAUGCAAGAAUCUAGAAGCCGUACGCAACGGGUGGCACAACUGCAACAGGAGGUGCAGUCUCUACAACACCAGAAAUAAGCCUUUGAGCAAAGAUUUAUGGCACUGGAGGACGCUCGCCACAGCAAGAAUCUUAAGGUCCACUGCCUACCAGACACGGCCCCAGAGGCGGAGCUGCCACACUUCUUGCACCGUCUGUUCGGCACAAUGCUAGCCCCCAAGAGGCAAAAUCAGUGAACCUCGAUGGUAUGUUCCUGAUACCUAAACCAGCGCAAGCCCCAGCCACAGCAUCCACGGACUUGAUAGUGCGGUUCCAGAGCAGGCAAGACAAUGCCGCAGUCCUAAACGCAAUUCGGGGUCAUUCCCCAUACUCCUUUAAAGGCAUGAACCUCACUUUCUAUACAGUUCUCUCUGGGGGCACCAUGGCUUGGCGGAGGUCCCUCCAACUGUUUACCUCCUUACUGCGUACACGCAACAUAACGUCGGUGGCGCAUGUCACACACCUUGAUGGUGCUCCAUGGAGAAACUUCUUACCCUGUCAAGAACCUGCAGAAGGCAAAGACACUUUUGGGUACACUGGAUCUCCCACCGGACUCUCUACACUCUUCAAAACAACAGCUUGCCUUAGUAACCCACACCUGGGAUCCAGUGGCACCCAGGACACAUACGCAGAAGUCACUACCUGAGUUCCGGGUCUCUGCUCACUGAGACAAGCUUUCUAUACCACCUACUAAUUUCUGUUUGCUUUGGUUUUUUGUUUGCUCGUUUGUUUGCUAAAAAUGACCCGCUCUGAUUAUAUAGUGCUCUCUUGCUAGAACAUUAGUUGCAUCAAACCAACCUCACCCCACACCUAUCCAGCUUAUGGGUGGGCCAUGUGCAACAUUGAUCCACUUAGCUUCAGGCAUCACACAUGUCGCAAAAAGUUACACAGGGGCUGUACCAGAACCUACAGGCGUUCUAUUGGGGAACAGCACCCUCUUCCUACAGCAUUAGGGGGGGGACACCCUGCUACUAAUCAACACCACAUGACGAGGAGCGCUCACUUAGCACCACAUUAGACACUAUAACAUUCACAAUCCCAGGGCGUUCCCAUACCGAGCAGGCUCCCUGUGGCAGUAAUCAUCACAGUCAGUCAAUCAAACCUCCUCCUGAGGACAGUUGUAAUAUUUAAAUACCUAGCACAAUUCCCUCAUCAAUGCAGGCCAUGAGUUAAUGUGCUACUGCUCAUACCAUAUACUUACUUCAGUGUAUUUGCACUUGCCUUUUAUUUUAUCAAGGUAGGUCCUAAUCUUACACGAUUACUGGUCACAUUCAAGUAACAUCGAUUUGCUACCUAAGAGUGUAUUUUUAUUUUUUUUCAGUUUGCAUACACCAGCACUCAUCUGAUAGCACUCAAUUGAUGUUUAUCUCUCACUAACCAAGUACUACUAAUGUUAUACAUGUGUCACUAUAUUUCUGUAACCUUGCAUAUGGCUUAUUGUUUCACUUCUCCAACAACAAAUGUGUUUUUACUCAUGACAUUCAAUGUUCUUAUUCCGUCUGAAAUUAUGUUUCACACAAUGUCAUCGUCACUUUCUGUAUGCAUAUCUGCACAACCAAAAAAAAAAAAUGCUCUUUUCAAUAUAUGGCACUUAUUGUUAAUUUUUAUUUAAAAUUAUUGAAGAAGCUAAAGGAACUGGUCAAGGAUGAGCAGGCCUGCAACCACAACGUAACCCAGGAUAUAUCAAACUGGUGAGUUACAAUAUUCAAUUGCCCAUUUAUGUUCCAUAGCUGGUUUACUACGGGCAUUUUCUGCGUUUGGAAGUGUUGUACAUGUGCUGGUAUAUUUCAGGGGCUCUAGCCAAGAUCCAGAGAAACUGAGGGAAGAGAUUGGCAUGUUACUGCAGCGAUUGGACAAUAUUGAACGUGUACAUGAACACCUCCUUGCCCAUGUUAUGGAGGAAAAAGUGAAAGAGGCAGAAAGAAUGAACCAAAACAAUAUUACAGCGGAAAGGUGAGUGUCACCAGAAAGUGUUCACUCACAGGGUUUCUCACCAAGGAAUUGUACAUUUUAUGCUAAAAAAAUAAAUAAAUAAUAAUAAUAAAAAAAAGCUUGAAACAUUCCCUACUUAACCCCUUAAGGACCAAACUUCUGGAAUAAAAGGGAAUCAUGACAUGUCACAUGUCAUGUGUCCUUAAGGGGUUAAGCUAUUUUUAGUUAAAAAAAAAAAAAAAAAAAAAUUUCAUUAAUUCCUUGCUCUGAAUAUGCCACAGAUUUGCAUAAAGAAAAAUACAGAAUCUUACCCAAAUUUACAUAUCAUUUAUUUAAUAAUGUGAUGGCUUACAAUGAACAUGCUCAUCUGGUUCAGAGCAAAGCAAUGUCAGCAAAAAAAAAAAAAACGGUCACUGGAUUUAUAUUAAACAUUGGUGAUUUACCAAAUUGCCCGUGUGUGCUAUGAAGCACAUGACAAAAAAAACAAACGCAGCAGGUUUCUCCUUUAACCCUUAACCUGUUAUGCAAAAUGGUAAGUCAGUCCUCCUCUUAACUAUAAUCCCCUUUUUUUUCCCCUUGCAGGUAUCGACAGCUGAAAGAAAGACUUUUUCAAAUAAGGGCGCAACGCGCAAGAGCACGUGUAAUCCCAGCCAUGCUUGCCUCUCAUAAAUGUACAAUUUAACAUUCUGAAUCCCCACAUUUAACCAUGUGUACAGCCAAUUAAUACUUCAUUAUACUGUGCAGGUUGUGUCUUGUGCAGUGUGUUUAUUCUAAAUAGACCACUGGGCAGCUACAGUCCAAUGUUGUAAAAUGUCUGACUUGAAAUUUCUUCUGCAUUUUAAUGUUAGGGUACAUUUCAUGAUAGGAGCAACCUAGCAUAGAGAGAUAAUUACACGUGAUCUAAAUAUAUAAGGGCUUUAUUUUGUUAUUUUACAGGAGAGAAUGAUUAUCACAGUUUGGGCUCAGAUGGGAGGAAUACCCAGCCUUCCUUCUUGCCAAUCUUUGCUAUGGCAGCGAUUGUUCCAAGAGCAAGACAUGCAGUGGUCCCAGUCAUGUAGUUGUGAGCU